CAUUUGGUGGGGGUUAAGUGAUCUGAGCGAAUUUCUACUUGGUUGACAUUUCCCACAAUUCCCGCUAUUUCCCACUCACGAAAGAUACCACUUACAGUACACUCAUUGACACCCAAUGACGCGCGACAUACCCGAGUCAGCCCCUUAGGCAAAGCUUUUCCAAGAUCCCGGUUGUUCGUUUACGGUGAUGGCGCUGCUUAGGAGCGCUGUAACCGGUGGUUAUACUGUUUCACCACGUCCCGUGCAUGUAUAGCGGAGCUGCCGAACAGGUCGAAACGAUAUCCACGUCACGGUCUGCGCUUGACCCUCUGGCGUCGAUAUGAGAGCAGGCUAUGCCCAUCAUGCAGCGUUUUCCAACGAAAUGUCAGGGCGUCCUCCACAUACGUCUUCCCAGGCUCCGCCUUCGGCGCCGGGCGUUCUCUCAGCAAAUAAGCAUCCUGCUGAAGGCUUGUUAGCCGGUCGAUGUCAACAUGCAGUUAGCUUUGCAGUGGUCCCUGACGUGGGGCAGCCUGCUUUUUGCCCGAGGUCAGCAUGGCUAGCACUUACGCAAGCGCACCAACAGCAGCUAUUCGGCGAGCUACCGAAAGUCACAAACGAGCACUUGCGCCCAGUUGCAUCGCGAGACGAGGGUACGAACUUUUCGUCGUUGUCAUCUGGGCUACUUGCAGGCGCAAAGCGCCUUCGGGCUGCGGCUGAUGAGCAUAUUCCAGGAACUCACGACUUGCAGCGUGCCAACCAACAGCGGCAAUGGAGUCCUUUGGCUGGUCGGCGAGAUGGCAGCGCGCCUUCCAGCCAAAAAGCUAACCUACAGUCUUUGGCGUUUGGGCUCCCUUCAGUCCGUAGCCUCCCUCCAACUGGCACCUUCGGUCUGGCACCGCACUUAACCCUUAGCGCUGUCCAUGUUGACGGUGCCAGCUCUUCAGUUGCGACUAUACAGGAGCAUGUUGCGACAGACCGUCCAGCCACCAAGCCACGGCGCGACAAUGGCAACACCAAAUCCAUCAAUCACAUACAAGCUGCCACAACUACCACCUUACCGUAUCCCGCUCCUCAACAGCAGCAGCAGUGGCAGCCUCAACAUCACUCGGCAUGCCUUCACCGUGAAGGGUCGUCCGCUGCUCCCGCUGCUGUUCUCGCCCAAACGGCGACACUUUUCCCGGGCACAUGCGACUCGCGGCUUGAGCUGCGGGGAUGCAAAAAUGGGGAUCCCCGCCACACCGGUAGCGAUAGCGACAGCGGCGAUGUGAGCGGUUUGGUGGCAAGUGACAAGGCGGACCAAGCCAUAGCGGAGGACAGGGAGGACAGCCCCGGUGGCAAUGGUAGGAGCGGAACGAUCUGUGCAGAUGGCGUCGGCGAUGCGGCCCAAGGCUACGGAUUCAGCGGGCCGUGCAUCAGCGGGGAUGCCUGUGGCUGUGCUGCUGCUACAGCUGUGCCCCAACCAUCCGCCCCAUGGCUACCGGCACGGCCUUCUGACGUCGCGGCUGACGGGGCCGCAGCCGCCCUCUGCGGCAAGGGGUCCGGCACACCCCAUCACCCCAUUUCUAUAGCUUGCUUAACCACCACCAGGGGAAGCGAUUCAGCGGGGAGGGCUGCAGGGGGUUCCGCUGUCCCUAGGCCGCAGGCAAACACGUCGGACGACAGCAAGCAUCGCCUGCCUGUUGCAGUGCAGCAGCAGCCACGCCUCUGCCAGCCGCCUGAGCCUAUCUUAGCGCAGUUGGGUGCGGCGCUUCCACCGGAGGUUGCGGUGCGGCUUAAAAAGAAGAUUCGCAUUAUCCAGCCCAUCAGCAAGACCUGGGAGGAGGAGACGCUGUUCAGCGCUGCGGGCAUCGCAACUGCUACUGCUGUAGUUGGCAACAAGAGGAGCUCUAGCGGAGAGCCUAAGAACCAGGCGCAGGCACCGUCAGCAUCACAGCCAGCUGCUGCAGAAGCGGCACCACCCAGCGUUGGCCGUGGCGCCGGCGGCGCUGUAAACUCCAGCAAAAGCUUGCCGGGGCCUUCCGCCAGAGCUCUGCCAUUGGCGCCCAUUGGC